AUGUUGUCACUAAUACGACGUUAUAAAGUCACCAAUACAAUAGGGGCAUUAAAAAUUACGAAAUUAUCAUCUUCCACGAGUACUGAUGAUGAUAUAGGUAAUUAAAUUUUAUGCUUAUUAUAUAGACAAAUAUAUCUUUCUAUGUGUGUUGUCAAUUUGCAUGUAUUUUCUUCCAUAGAAUUUCGAGUAUUGCAAUUGAUACCACCAGAAAAGAAAAUUGUAAGCAGAAAGCAACAAACAGUCACAGAAAAAAAUAUACUAACAAAAUUGAGAAAGGAAACACCUAAUCAAGACUGGCAUUCGAUGUGGCCUGUUGCACGAUCAUUUCAUCCUAAUAUCGUGCCGCUUCCUUUACAACAAGGAUACAAAAAUAACGAAGGCGUACAUCCUGGCAAAUACGGUAAUGCGGAGCUACUGAAAAUCCCAAAUUUUUUACAUCUUACUCCACCUACAGUAAAGAAACAUUGCGAAGUAUUGAAAAAGUUUUGCACCAAAUGGCCAAAAGAAUUGGAAUCGGAUGAAGCGUGUGUAAAGCACUUUCCCGUUGAAGUAAUUACAUCAGAUUACUGUUACUCCUCGCCUACGAUAAGAGAACCCCUCGCUAGAAUAGUUAGUUUAAGAGUAAAAUUAUCCUCUUUACAUUUGGAUAUUCAUGCCAAAGAUAAAAUACUUAGGUUACUGGGUGAUAGAUAUAAUCCUGAAACAGGUAUAAUAACGAUAAUUGCAGACAGAUGUCCAACUAGAAAACAGAAUUUAGAUUACGCAAAAUACCUUCUAACUGCAUUAUUUCAUGUGUCUUGGCGUUUUGAACCAUGGGAAAUGGAAAAGUCUGCAGUAGAUGUGGAAUAUUAUGACUGGGAUAAAAGUAAAAGCAGAGAAUCUUUAACAUCUAUGUACAAUUGGCCAAGUAUACCAACUGACUCCAGUUAUGAAUACAUCCCACAUGCAACAGAAUAUAAAAUUGCAGUUUCUGAUUUAAUAAAUAAAGGAGAAGAUCUAGUUUCACUUAACAAAUAUAAACAAGCUGUUAAAAGUGUGUUAAAUCUGAAAUUUAAUGAGUCUAUGGAAUAAAUAAAUAAAUGUAAAUAACAAGAUUCUAAAACUUGUUAUUAUUGUUGCGGAAUAUUCAUGCAAAGAAAAAAAAAACGUGAAAUUACGACAAUGUGAUAUACGUAACACAAAUACAUGUAAAGGAUAAUAGACGGCAUUAUACAUUAUGCAUUAUUAUUAUAAAGAAAGAAAAAGAAAUAAUUUAAUUUUCAAGUUUAAUUUUAUUUAUCUUUUUAUAUUAAAGAUACUUUUGCAUCUUCAAUAACUUAA